AAGGACACCACAAAAGAUAUCAAAAUAAUCAGAGAGAACAUAAUUCACCUCGUAAAUCAACAAAACUUCUUCUGGACGCAAGAAAAGCUUGAACAUUCUGCGAAUGGACUAUUCCAUUCGAUCUUUAGACCCUUCUUUUGUAUCGAAUGGAAUAUUCUUAUCUUGUCACUAUGGAGAUUCCUUCCGGUUCUUCCAUUUAUAAACUUUAAGUUUUGAGACUUUAAAGAAAUUAAACAUAGCUCUAGAGACUAUGGCAUUGUCGGUAUCUUCUGCCAAGUUGUCAACAGGUGUUGAAGAUGAUAAGAAGCAGGAGGCAUUUGUUUUCCCUAAAUUUGUCGUAAUGGGUCAUAGAGGAUUUGGGAUGAACAUGCUUCAAUCUCCGGACGAGAAAAUGAAAUCAAUCAAAGAAAAUUCUAUUCUUUCUUUCAACGUUGCUGCUGAGUUUCCCAUUGAGUUCGUUGAGUUUGAUGUCCAGGUGACAAGAGAUGGCUGUCCUGUAAUUUUCCAUGAUAACUUCAUAUUCACGCAAGAACAGGGAGUCAUCAUUGAGAAAAGAGUAACGGAAAUGGCCUUACAUGAAUUUAUCUCUUAUGGACCACAAAAGGAUGGUGCAAAUGUAAAUCCUAUGUUCAGAAAGACAAAAGAUGGAAGAAUCUUUCAGUGGAAAGUGGCUAAGGAUGAUCCUUUGUGCACCCUUAAAGAUGCAUUUGUAAAAGUUAAACGUUCUCAAGGAUUCAAUAUCGAGCUCAAAUUCGAUGAUAAUAUUGUGUAUGGAGAAGAAGAGUUAUGUCAAACUCUUGAAAACAUCUUGAAGGUUGUGGAUGAGCAUGCAGAGAACCGGCCCAUAAUCUUCUCGAGCUUCCAUCCUGAUGCGACUCGACUAAUUAGGAAUAUGCAAAUGAGCUAUCCAGUAUUCUUCUUAACAAAUGGAGGAUGUGAAAUCUAUGCGGAUGUUAGAAAGAACUCACUGGACGAAGCCAUCAAGAUUUGCAAAGAAGGCGGCUUGCAAGGGAUUGUUUCUGAGGCUAAGGCCAUUUUAAGAACCCCAAGCGCAAUCACUCGAGUCAAGGACUCAAAACUUUCACUUAUAUCCUACGGCCAGCUUAACAAUGUCGUAGAAGUGGUAUACUUACAAAAUCUCCUGGGCGUGGAGGGAGUGAUCGUUGAUAUGGUCAUGGAGAUCUCUGAAGCCAUCGCCAAUAUCGAGGUUAGGAAUGAGGAAGAUGAUGAAGAAGACAAUGGAAGAAAGUGUCAAAUUAUGUUCGGAGAGGAGAGUAAAAAGGUGAGUAUUUCUUCUAAUGAUGGGAUCGCUUUCUUAACAAAUCUCGUACCAAAGACUACUUAAUUUGUUCAACAAUAAAGUUUUUGAUUUAUUUAUUCCACUUGUACGUAGACUAUUUAUUACUAUAUUUUUCAAU